AUGCUAUGUGGAAUGCGAUGCUCCAAGUGCUGGGAAUGCCCAGUUUGUUGCAGCACAUUGACGCCCUGCAUUGCAAAUCCCAGCUCGAAGGAACAAACAUAUCAUUUUGCUUGCAGCUAUUGCCGAUGGAGCUCCAAAGGUAGACAGGAAGCAGAGAAGCCAGAACAACUUAUCACUGAAAUCGUUUCCUUAGAGCGGGAGAGCCAGCCCCGCCAGCGUAUGAUGGCUAUGCUCGAAGCAUUUCGAUCAAAGGCGCAAGAGCAGCAGCGAGAGAAGGAGCUAGCGCAGCGGUUGCGACGGCGCACAUCUGCUCGAACCUCCUUCUCUGCUGCAUCACUCACCGCAUUUGCUGCCCGUCGCUUCAGCUCUGCUGCGACGAUGCGGAGUGGGGCAAGGCUGCCAAUGAGCGGGGUGAGUGGAGCGUUAUCAACUGAGCUGAAGAAAGAGGGUGGUGAGAGUGGCCAGUGGAACGUUGAAGACCUGGAAACAAAACUACUUGAACAAGCGGCACGGAACUCUGACAUCCGCUCAGAUGCAUAUAUGUCUCAACCUUCACCUGAACCUCCAGCAUCACCAGAAGUGAAGGACAGCCCAAAGCGCUUUAGCUUUAGUGGGGCAGCUUCACAGGAGGUGCCUGUCCUAGCAGGACUCUCUGUUGAAGAGGUCUUGCGCUCACACCGUGAAGCUUUGCCCUCUGGACGCUGUUUGCUAGAUGAUUUGCAGAACAGUAUUGAGGCGGGCGAUGUGCAGGGUGCUUCGGCAUCCCUCAGUAUGCGAUUGGCACAAGUCUCGUAUGGUUAUCAUGGUGUUUCCGUGAAUAGUGCUGCCAAAGCAGACCUGGUGAAUGGCCUUCACAAAGGCCAGUCUCAACUCGAAACGCCUUUGCAACAUCAAAAUGCCUGGAAGCUUUUGCCCAUUCGAAAGCCACUACUUACAAAGCGAUCACGGCGGUGCAAGUUGAAUUGCAAGCCUGGAAUGGACAGUGGUGCGCAGGAUGCCACAGCUGCAAAAACAUGCAGGGGGCUGGUUGUAAAACCUCAAAUCAACCCCUGUGCAAACCCGCCAUUCCAGAAAAACAACGUUGCAGUCAAUUUUGUUCCACGAUGCUUGCCGUGGAGCUGUGUCGAACGCAAUGGAACCUAUGAGUUGGUUCUGAUCCUGGCAAAUCCGAUGGAGAGUGACCUGGAGAUUGACCUGAAUCCAUCUGCCUUUAAUGCUACCCAAGAGUGUGCAGGUGACUGGCGUGAGCUUCUUUUGCAGCAGAACGUAGAGGUGUUGACUCCAGCUUUCACUACUACCAUUCCAAAGUUCCUUGACAUCACUGAAGCGACCGAGGUAUUUGAGGAGGAGACCAAACAGUUGCGACAGAGGGAUCGCGCUGAUGUGACGACCAAGGAUGUUAUAUUGGAUCGCAAACUGAACAAGAUCUUAGUGCGACUGCAGUUUCGCAAAGUCGAGACGGAGACGCAACAAGGUGGGACACCGGGUGGGCCAACUGGGCCGACUUCUUGGCCUUGGCGUUUCUUCAUGCAAAUGAUCCUGAAGUUUAGUGUGAAAUUUAGUGCAGACGAAAGUAAGGCGCACCAGGUCGAGGUUAUUUUUUGCCUCAGGGCUGGUGAUGCAGAUCGAACAGCAGGGUAG